AUGCAGUCAGCCAGGCACACAGAGGUCAAUGGCAGUGGGAGUUCCUUCUCUGCUGCCACAGUGGGCACCAGCCUCUCCCAGGACAACGGCACCCAGCCCAACACCACUUUCCCCCAGCCGCUAUGGGCACUCUACGUGCUGCUGCCAGCGGUGUACACCGUGAUCUGUGUCGUGGGGAUAGCCGGCAAUGCGGCAGUCAUCCUGGUGAUCCUGAGGGCACCCAAGAUGAAGACCGUGACCCACGUGCUUGUCCUGAACCUGGCCGUCGCAGACGGGCUCUUCGUGCUGGUGCUGCCUGCCAACAUCGCAGAGCACCUGCUGCAGCGCUGGCCGUUCGGGGAGCUGCUCUGCAAGCUCGUGCUGGCCAUCGACCACUGCAACAUCUUCUCCAGCAUCUACUUUCUGGCCCUGAUGAGCGUGGACCGCUACCUGGUGGUCCUGGCCACCGUGCGGUCCCGCCGCGUGCCCCGGCGCACCCCGCGGGUGGCAAAGGUUGCCAGCCUGUGUGUCUGGGUCGCUGUCACUGUCCUGGUUCUGCCCUUCUUCUCCUUUGCUGGCGUAUACAGCAAUGAGCUGCAGGUGCCCAGCUGUGGGCUGAGCUUCCCAAAGCCAGAGCGGGCCUGGUUCCAGGCCAGUCGCAUCUACACCUUGGUGCUGGGCUUCGUGCUGCCUGUGUGCACCAUCUGUGGGCUCUACGUGGACCUGCUGCGCAGGCUGCGGGCCGUGAGACUCCGCUCUGGCACCAAGGCUCUGGGCAAGGCCAAGCGGAAAGUGACUGCCCUGGUCCUCACGGUGCUGGCUGUUUGCCUCCUCUGCUGGACGCCCUUCCACCUGGCCUCCGUGGUGGCCCUGACCACCGACAUGCCCCAGACAUCCGUGGUCAUCGGCAUCUCCUACGCCAUCACCAGCCUCAGCUACGCCAACUCAUGCCUCAAUCCCUUCUUGUACGCCUUCCUGGACCAUGGCUUCCGCAAGAAUUUCCGUACCACAUUCCUGUGCUGA